AUGGCUCCCCCCCUAACCCGUGUAACCGCCAUUGGAAGGCCACACAACCGUGGCACCCCCCCUCAUCAUCUCUCCACGACCAGUGCUCGGCUACUCGACAACCCGCAAGCAGUGCGACCCAAGUUAAGGCGCCCUCACCCCUACAUCCGUCCACCCGAUCUGUUCGGAAACCGACUACUGAACAAGUACAAUAAGGAAGAAAUGGAGCUGUCGGAAAUUAUUAAGCGAUGCGUAUCUUUUUAUGAAGAGAUGAGAUCCAAUCAUGAAGAAAGAAUGUUGUUCUUUGUGCUUACGCUGUUUGUUUACUUUAGGGGUAGAACUAGUGGCCAACUAUCGUUAGGCGGAAGAAUGAAUAGUAGAAUUAGACGUGAGACUUUAGAGCGUAUUGUUGGUGAGGGUGAUAGGAAUUGUAUCUGGGAGUUGAGAAUGAACACAAACGCCUUUGCUAACUUGUGUGAGUUGCUCCAAGUUCAGGGCGGACUUAUAGAGGAUGGUCAUGUAAGCCUGCCGGAGCAGGUUGUGACCUUCUUAAUUAUUUUAGCGCAUCACAAGAAAAACCGUAGUCUACAGGUUAGAUUUUGUAGGUCCGGCGAGACAGUUAGUAAGUAUUUUAAUAAAGUUUUGAAGGCUGUAAUACGGAUUCAAGGGAUGUUGUUCGCGAAGGCUACACCAGUUGCCGAGGACUGUGUUGACCCCACAUGGCGAAGGUUUAAGGGUUGCUUAGGAGCAUUAGAUGGCACUUAUAUAGAGGUGACAGUCCCCGAGUCUGAGAAGGCAAGGUACCGCACAAGAAAGGGUAAAAUCUGCACGAAUGUCUUAGGAGUGUGCAACCGAGAGAUGGGUUUUGUCUACGUACUCAGUGGAUGGGAGGUUUCAGCAUCUGAUUCACGGGUACUUCGAGAUGCAAUAACUUGUCGUAAUAGUCUUAAGAUACCCCACGGUAAUUACUAUUUAGUUGUUUUCGGCUACACAAAUGGUCCGGGGUUUCUUGCACCAAAGAGUAUGGAGAUGGAUCCGGAGGAGGAAGGUAGCAUAUUGGAUGAAUUUACGCCCGAUGGAGACGAGGAACAACAUGGAUUGAUCGAGGUGGUCGAAAACACGAACGAGUGGAGUCACUGGCGUGACAACAUAGCAAAUGAGAUGUAUGAAGAGUGGCGUGCAAGUCGUACGGAGUAG